AAUGAUUUCAUGCUUUAAAAGAGCAUAUCAAGAAAAAUAAUUUACAUUUUGAGGUGCUCUAGUAGGGGAAAUUUUGAAAUUAAUUGAUGUUUAAAUUAAACUAUCAGAAAUAGAUGUGCAGAAUUGGCUAUUUGAUAAUUAAAGGUAAGCAAUAUCAUUAUCCAAAAAAAUCACAAAUAAACCAAUGAAAUUAACGAAAUUUUAAUAUUUCGAAUUUAAAGCUUAUAAGAAAAAAAAAUAAUAAUAAAAAUAAGAUAAUAUAAUUAAGAUGGCAAAAGGAGCAACAAAAGGAAACAAGGGAGCUAAGAAGGCUGGAACACCAAGUCAAAUAUUUAAUUUAUUGUAGAAGCUACAAAGAAUGUUAAAAAAGUAACAAAAAAGACCACUGAUGCAACUCCAGCACCAGCCCCAGUGACAACAACAACAGCACCAGCACCAACUACCGCAACACCAGUUGCUGCAUCCACUCCUAAAAAAUAAGGAAAGCAAGCAACAAAAGCAAAGAAAGCUACUAAAAAAGCUACAAAGAAGGCUCCUAAGAAGGGAAGUAAGAAAUAAGCCAAGAAAUGAUUAGUUAUUCAAGAAUUAAUCUAUUAAUUAGAUAUUCA